AUGUCGGGAUCAGUGUCCGCGUGCGUCGGGAUCAGUGUCUGCAGUGGGUGUAGUGCGUCGGGACCAGUGUCUGCGGUGAGUGCAGUGCGUCAAGAUCAGUGUCUGCGGUGGGUGCAGUGCGUCGGGAUCAGUUUCUGCAGUGGGUGUAGUGCGUCGGGAUCAGUGUCUGCAGUGGGUGUAGUGCGUCGGGAUCAGUGUCUGCAGUGGGUGCAGUGCGUCAAGAUCAGUGGCUGCAGUGGGUGUAGUGCGUCGGGAUCAGUGUCUGCGGUGGGUGCAGUAGUGCGUCGGGAUCAGUGUCUGCGGUGGGUGCAGUACGUUAAGAUCAGUGGCUGCAGUGCGUCGGGAUCAGUGUCUGCAGUGGGUGCAGUGCGUCGGGAUCAGUGUCUGCAGUGGGUGCAGUGCGUCAAGAUCAGUGGCUGCAGUGCGUCGGGAUCAGUGUCUGCAGUGCGUCAGGAUCAGUGGGUGCAGUGCGUCAAGAUCAGUGGCUGCAGUGCGUCGGGAUCAGUGUCUGCGGUGAGUGCAGUGCGUCAGGACCAGUGUCUGCAGUGGAUGCAGUGCAUCGGGAUCAGUCUCUGCAGUGGGUGCAGUGCGUCGGGAUCAGUCUCUGCAGUGGGUGCAGUGCCUCAAGAUCAGUGGCUGCAGUGCGUCGGGAUCAGUGUCUGCGGUGAGUGCAGUGCGUCGGGAUCAGUGUCUGCGGUGAGUGCAGUGCUUCAGGAUCAGUGUCUGCGGUGA